AUGGCCCAGUCCCCUCCUUCGCAGAACUUCCUUGGCCUGGACCACUGGAUCUUCUCCCAGGGUUGGGGCUGGGAGGGCCACUCCGACUCCACGUCCCCAGCCUCUUCCUCGGAUUCCUCAAGCUCCUGCCCCUGCGACGGCGCCCGCAGCCUCCCUCAGACCGCGCUCUCAGUCCGCAGCACCCGAGCUGCAGAGGCCAACCCGACGGUGCCCCGACGUGCACGGACGGGUCCAGCGGGUGGACAGCGGCGGAGCGCCAGCGAGCGCGAGAAGCUGCGCAUGCGCACCCUCGCCCGCGCCCUGCACGAGCUGCGCAGCUUCCUGCCGCCGUCUGUCGCGCCGGCCGGCCAGAGCCUGACCAAGAUCGAGACGCUGCGCCUGGCCAUUCGCUACAUCGGCCACCUGUCGGCUGUGCUGGGCCUCAGCGAGGACAGCCUGCAGUGCCGGCGCCGGUGGCGCGCGGAAGCGGUGUCUCCCCAGGGCUGCGCGCUCUACCCCGACGGCGGUCCGCCGCAGGUGCAGACCCGGGCUCCCGACCCGGGCCUGGGCACUGCUCCCUGUGCUGGGCAGUGCUGGGGGUCCCCGCUCUCCUAUUCCGGGUCCGGAGCCGUAGCCGAGAGCCCAGGGAGCAGGGUUUCCAACAGGGAUUCCUGGGUAACACCCCCUUAUUGCCCCAAGAUACAGUCGCCUCCGCACAACCCCCUAGGGAGAGUCCCUGACGCGGUUCUCUGGACGCCACCCCAAACCUGUCCCGGGAAGCAGACAUCCCCAGAGCUUCAAAAUCCCGCUGCACCCUGGACGCCACCAGCGGAGCUGGCGGCAGUAUACCAGGGUAUCUCUGUGUCUCCAGAAUCCUGUCUGUCUCUGGGAAGUCCACCCCUUCUGCCCCACCCGUCAUGCCAGAGACUCCAGUCUCAGACACAGUGGGGGUGUUGGAGCCACAGUGCAGAGGCGCUGCCCAGCUCAGAGGACCCUGGACCCAGCCCAGCCUUCCAGCUCAGUGAAGUGAGCCUCACCCAGAGUUCAGGCCUGCAGCUCAGUAGCUGCCCUGAACUUUGGCAAGAAGAUUUGGAGGAGGCCCACUUGGGCAUCUUCUAAUGGCUCUGCCUGGCCCCUUUACAUCCAGGAAAUCAGGCUUAUAAUGUGGAUGCCCUCCUCUUCUGUUUCUUUGGUGGAUUUUUAAGCUUUCUAGCCAAAUGAUGCCCAUUACAAAAACAGUGACUGAAACAGAUAGUGGGUAGCCUCCCUGGCUCGAGUGGGGGCAAUGACAGUGCCCUCUACUGCGAGGCACCACCGCCCGCAAUGCCCUGUACUUUUCAGAGCACAGUCUGAGCUGCUCUGAGAAGGCAGCUGCUUGAUUCCAAAGGAGGCUAGGAUGGAACUGGUAGGGGGCCAGACUCAUGCUCUCUGCUCUGCUUCUGGGUGACAGUUGUCCAGAAUCCUAUAUGCUUAAGAUGUUUUGUAAGUCUUAAAA